AUGGACGACCAACCAAGAAAUACACCUGUUAGCGUUGGCGUUUAUAGCAACGCUAAAGAAAUUACAAAGGAGCGAACAGACCAUGAGCAGGCAACUUGCACCGACAUGAAAAGCUCGCUAUCUAGGUUUCCUUUCAAUGAUUCAGUCUCGAUUGCUCACACCAAAUCUUUUACGUUAAUGGUCUCAAGCUCCAGCGUCGUACUGGUCGGUCAGUCAAGCAUAGAACAAGUAAACAUUGAUCAUUGCUGUGGCCAAGAAAAGCUUUCUAAAGGAGCAGAAGCCCAUUGCCGAAAGGCAGACUCAGAUGGAAUUGUUUCCUUCAGUAUUGAAAAACCGAUGCCCUUAAUCGAGAAACAAGGGUAUCUCAAAAAACCACUAUGCGAGAGAAUUCUGAGAAGACUUGAGAUUUUGCAAGACAAUGGACAUUUUAACGAACACGAGCACUUAGUUACAUCGUUGCUUCAACUUUGUUGUGAUGGAAAUGAUCCUGACAUGGAGUUGGCCUUAAAAAUAGAGCGAGGAGUGGCGUUUGCUUAUCAGAAAGAGUCUAGAAAGAGUAAGAGUAUGUUUACCUUUGUCAUACAAACAGAACGAACACAAAAUUGGGAUGUUACGAAUCGUAGUAUUUUAACGGCAAGAGCCUAUUUUUCACUUGUUGCUUACUACAGAAAUACAAAGUCGGUGAAGUUAUCCCCGCUCUUUGAAUUUCUUCGACGCAGCGAGUUUCUUCUGCAAAAUCACGAUUCCCCAGAAGACUGGGCCGAGCUGUAUUGCAUUUACGGAUCCGUUUGGUUGAAGUAUAUGAGCAUUAUCCCUGAUGACCUGAGGAAUGCGCAGGCGCGAGAGACUGCUCGGGAUAAAGCAAAAUAUUACUAUGAGCAAGCUAUCUCUUUCUGCCAAAGGGAUAAACGACCGAGAGUUCAGAUAAAGAAACAAACGUAUUGUCAUCUCGGAUUAGCAGCACUGCUGUUAGACUGUAGUUCAACUGCCGCGCGCACCCAAGAAAAAGAAAUCGCUCACAGUGAUAUUAAGGAAGCCAAAGAACACCUUGAUUUUGUUCAGAAUAGACUUGGUAAGAGUAUACCCACGGGAACACAGGUACAGCUCUUAAAAACUCGAUCUGAUCAAUUCUAUCGUCAGAGAUUAUACCAACUGGCCAAAGAAACGGCCGAGGAGGCUUUUCAGCUCGCUUCCUCGAAUAGAUUUAACACUGAAUUAGACACUCUUCAAGAAAGGAUCCAGUUUCUUGACGUAAAGCUUGAGGUUGCCAAAGAAGUUACUAUCAUGGAAAUAGAAGAUACCCAUACUGAAAGCUGCUGUAGCGGCACCGAGUAAAGAUCACGAGAUUAUAAACUUGAAAAGGAUUGAAUAAGUAUCACAAUUAAAUAAAACAAGAUCGGAAGAAUAUCAUAUCUAUACUAAGUAUACGACAUACUCUGUGGUGG